GUGACGUGAGGGACCACAGCUGCGGGGAGAAGGGUAAAGGGCCGAGGGGCUGCUUCUGCUCCGCGCGUGGGAACGGGGCUUCGGCAGGAUUAAUUCCGGACGUCGAGACCUUCUGCGGCUCCUACUACAGAUGCCGCCUUUUAAUCGCGGCGGCCGCUUGCGUUUCCUCGGGAGAGGUGCUCAGCAGAAUAACUAAUGCCUUCAGCCUGGGAGGGUGCAGCAUGCGGAGGGCGAGCUCCGGCUGCAGCCUGCAGCAUCAGGGUGAAGCAGCUCAUCUGCCCUAGCUUGUCAGAGGAUGUUUAACUGACGGCCUGCUUAGACCACACCAUGGAGAAGACAGAUGCAGAUGGCCAGUCACCCAAACCCAACAGGGAGAGGGAGCAGCCCCGCAGCCUCCCCUACUCCGUGGAGACGCCGUACGGCUUUCACUUGGACUUGGACUUCCUGAAGUACGUAGAUGACAUCGAGAAAGGAAACACCAUCAGAAGGGUUCACAUCCAUCGGAAAGCCAAGCAACCAAAAUUCAGCACCCUGCCCCGAAACUUCAGCCUACCCGAGAACGGCUCCCGGGGGUGCACGGCUGCUCCCAGCAAGAGCUGGACGGCGACCUGCUCCUUCCCCCAGCGAAAGGCAUCUCUGGGGGCAGAGGAGCCCCCCUGGCCCCUCCUGCCCAGCGAGUCUCCCUUUCCCAUGGCCGAUGAGCCGAGUUACCGGAGAAAAGCACUUCUGGCGGAGACGUGGCGGCAGGCGGAGCUGGGGCGGCAGGAGGGUGAGCUCCGGGGGCGGCCGCAGCUGCUGCGAGCUUCCAGCAUGCCCGCUGCCCUGCCGCCCGGCCAGCCCCCGCCCGGGGACGGGAGGGUGCCCUCGCCCCUCCGGCCACCUCCCCAGCAUGGCCACGAUCAGAGUGGCUCCGAAAACACGUUUCGCCCCGUGCCACGUUCGCCCGGCUCUGACAACGUGUUAAAUCUUCCCCCUCGGGGGAUGAGCUUGGAGCAAGAUGUAUCCUUGGGACAGAAGGAACAUCCCAGCGGAGGUGGCCCAGGGCUGGUGCAGAUGCAGCCGCCGCGGCAGAGCCAGCAGCUGCAGCUGCAGGUGGUGGUGGAGAGCAGAGGCGAGGAGGGUGAUGCUGCUGAUGCCAGUGGUCACUCUGCCUUGGCCGGGGGUGAACCAGCCUCGCCAGCUGCCCUCCGGCUUGCAGAGGAGAACACGAACCCUGGGGAAAGGGAGUUAAGUGUGAGUGAAAUCGCUGUGAACGUGCUGAAGAAAGCUGAGGAGGCAAGUGUCCAGGCUGGAGAGAGCAAGGAGAGCUGUGGUCCUCAGCCUCGUGAUGCUGGAGAGCCUGGCGGGGUUGCUGCGCUGAAGCAGCAGAUCGCUGCUCUGGAGGAGCAGCUGGGCAAGAAGAAGGAAGAGCUCGAGCAGAUCAGGGCAGUGCUGGAGCAGCAGGAUCAUGAGAUCAAGGAGAAGGAGAAAAGCAUUAAGUUACUGGCCAGCUCCAAAGCUCAGCUGGAAGAGAAGCUGUGUCAGGAAAACACCGAAGAGGCCAAGUUGCCGUCCAGGCGCAGCGGCGGGGCUUUGCAGUGCUACGAUGCUGCGGUGAACACCGACCUCUCGCAGGUCACCGGGGCCAGGCAAGCCCACGAUAAAGGCAUCAACGUAAAUAUCCCAAUCCCCACCAAAUCCGUAGGAUGCAGUGUCUGGAGAGCAGACGAUGUGAACGCACAGGCGAUGGAGCUGAGUGCUCGGAGAGACCAGGGACUGGCAGAUGCUCACACCGGUGUCAGUGGAGAGGGACUGGGACAUUUUGGUGAAGCAAACAUGGAGGCUGGACUUCACGCACCAUGCUUCACCCAGCUGAAGAUUGACGAGCACCUCAGCGAUGACAAUCAAAAUCACAGGAAUAACUAUGACACCCAGAGUCUCGCUGCUCACGCGGUGACUGCAGAAAGCUAUCGAGGAAUGAGAAUUGGCUCAAAGGCGGGUGAAAACGAGGCAGGCUUUGGUGAAGAUAAAGCUCAAGAUGGGCUGGAAGAGGAAGGUCCCCCUGACCACGAGGAUCUCCCUGCUGUUGACCCCAUCGGCCAAUAUGUAAAAAAAAUCCAGGAGCUUCUCCAGGAGCAGUGGCUGUGUUUGGAACAUGGCUAUCCCGAGUUAGCCAGCGCUAUUAAGCAGCCGGCCUCUAAGCUCAGCUCCAUUCAGAACCAAUUAGUUAAUUCCUUAAACUCGUUGCUGUCUGCCUACUCUACACAAGGGCCCGUGGAUAAGGAGAAUUCGAACACACACUAUCAACAGUUGGAAACCUCUCCAACCACAAGUCUUAAAUCUAUCAUGAAAAAGAAAGGUUAUGGUUUCCAUGCAGGAGGCAAUGGGACCAAAAAGAAUCUUCAGUUUGUUGGGGUAAAUGGUGGCUACGAAACGACUUCAAGCGAAGACACAAGUUGUGAAGACAGCCCAUCCGACGGGGACGCAGAGAGCGAGACGGAAACGCCAGCCCAUGAUUUGGAGUCCACGCAGGAGGAAGCUAGAAGUGAAAGCGAGGGGGCUUCACUGGGGACCUCCUCGCGGGAGACAUGUCAGGACGAUGACCUGCAGGAGCCGUCAGCAGAAGCAGCGGCUUGCACGCAGCACGAGGCUGACAGAUGCAAACCCUCUGAAGAUUUCCUUGCCGACUGCCAGCUACUCAGCAAGCACCUCUCAGAAAUCGGGACCACAAGCGACAAGCAUCUGCAGCAUGUCCUGAGCACCGUCUGCCAGGAGUGGUUCCGGGUGUCGAGCCGCAAGUCUUCCAGCCCGGAGGUGGUCGCAGCGUAUCUCAAGGCGCUGGGGGCCAUCCAGCCCCAGCUCCUGGAGAUGGUGGUGAACCUGGCUGACAGGAACGGCAACACGGCUCUUCACUACAGCAUUUCCCACUCCAACUUCCAGAUUGCAAAGCUCCUGCUAGACACAGGCGUGUGCCGCCUGGACCUGCAGAACCGCGCCGGCUACACGGCGGUGAUGCUCACGCCACUGGCGGCCGCCGAGACAGGCGAGGACAUGGAGGUGGUGAUGAAGCUGCUGAAGGAGGGGGAUGUCAACCUGCGAGCUGCCCAGGGAGGCCAGACCGCCCUGAUGCUGGGGGUCAGCCAUGAGCGGGACGACAUGGUGCGAGCCCUCCUCUCCUGCCAGGCCGACGUCAACCUGCAGGACGAGGAGGGGAGGACGGCCCUGAUGGUGGCCUGCAGGCAGGGCAACACCGACAUCGUCCGGCUCCUCUUGGCCCAGCCCGGCUGCCAGGUCGCGCUCACGGACAAGGGCGGUAACUCGGCCCUGUCGCUGGCCCAGCGUGCUGCCCGGGGGGACAUCGCCGCGCUCCUGCGAGCCCACGGCCAGCAGAGCCCAUCCCUCUCUGCCUGACCGAGGGGGAGACGAACCCAGGACGAGGAGAUGGGAACAAACAGCUCCGUCUCGUUACAGCCCCGCUGCUCGCCCCGGCGCCGGGGCCGGUGUGGCGGGUUUCCAUCCGUACAGGGGAUGGACCCUGUCAGUUAUCUGCACACAUUCCCCAUGUCUAAUUCUCCUCAUUAACCCCGCUUACACCCCCUAAUCUAUGCACAUUGCCACAAAUGACUCUCCUACAUGCUCAUCCUGGUAUAGAUUUGGCAGGUGAGCCACCGAAACAAAGGAGAAAAGCACAUUAGAAAAGCAAUACUUAGUCUUUUGUAACCUUAGAUUACGGUUGUCCUUUUAAUCAACUACUUAACUGUAUCUCAUUUAACUUGUAAGUUUGUGUCCUAAUAUUUAUUAUUAGCUCUUCUGUACGUAGUGGCAGGCAGUGAUUAUUCAGUAUAUGUAACAACAAACACAAGCUGGAUGGAUUAUGUAAAAUAUAAAAUCCUAUUUAUGUUUGCUUAUGUGGGUCUGAUGUAAGAAUUAAAAAUUAAUGCUCUAGGAAAAUAUUUGAGUAUACCAGACCCAAACACACA